AUGUAUCCAAUCAAAAAUCUCCGCGUGUACGUGCUCGCCACCGUUGCCUACACGGGUUCGUUCCUAUUCGGAUAUGAUACAGGUGUAAUGGGUAGCGUGUUGAACCUUGAGAGUUUUAAGGCUGAUUUUGGACUUCUAAGUGGAAGCACUGGGUUUUCAGACCCCAAGAAUGCUCAAGUCUCAUCAAACGUUGUUUCACUUCUCACUGCAGGAUGUUUUUUCGGCGCUAUCCUCGGCUCCAUCUUAAACGAAAAGUAUGGUCGUCGGUAUUCCAUCAUGGGAUUCUUGUUGAUCUUCCUUGUUGGUGCUUCUGUCCAAACCGCCGCUCACAACGAGCUAUCUUAUAUGUACUCCGGACGAGUCAUUGCAGGUUUUGGAAUCGGAGGCAUGUCAUCUAUUACUCCAGUAUUUGUAUCCGAGAGCUGCCCACCGGGGAUCCGUGGUCGAAUUUCUGGACUCUUCCAGGAGUUCCUCGUCAUUGGGGUUACCAUUGCAUACUGGCUUUGCUACGGUGUGUCAGAAACCAUCGCUCCUACAACCAAACAGUGGCGCAUCCCCAUUGGAUUCCAACUUGUGCCAGGUGGCCUCAUGAUGGUUGGCAUGUGCUUUUUGACCGAAUCGCCCCGUUGGCUAGUCAAAGAAAACCGACUCGCAGAAGCGAUAGAAUCCCUCGCAUACAUGCGCGCAGAGCCAAUCACAAGCCUCACAGUCCAGGCCGAGAUAGCGGAAAUCAAAACAGCCGUUGAACACGAAGUCGAAUCAACACAGGGACUUACGUGGCGAGAACUAUUGCAACCUGGAAACCGUCUUCGCUUUCUCAACUGUUUUUUUAUUAUGUUUUGGCAGCAGUGGACUGGCACUAACAGCAUCGGAUACUAUGCUCCCCAAUUGUUCGAGACAGUUGGAGUGUCAGGAGGCAACACCAGUUUAUUCACCACGGGCAUCUAUGGAAUUGUGAAGGUAAUAGCCACCGGUGUUUUCCUCCUCGCUGGUAUCGACAAGAUUGGUCGUCGGUGGUCUCUCAUUGCCGGAGCUGUUUGGAUGUGCUCAAUGAUGUUCAUACUCGGUGCUCUCUUGGCGUCAUAUCCCCCUGACCCUGAUGGUAGUGGUGGCAUUUCUUCUGCAUCUAUCGCCAUGAUUGUCAUGAUUUAUCUCUAUGUCAUUGGUUACUCCGCAUCGUGGGGACCGAUUCCAUGGGUUUACAUCUCUGAAAUUUUCCCUACUCGUAUUCGUGCAUACGGUGUUGGCUGGGGAUCCGCAACGCAAUGGCUUUUCAACUUUGUGGUGACUUAUAUAACUCCCUCAGCCAUCGGUAAUAUUGGCUGGCACACAUUCAUCAUGUUUGGUGUCUUUUGUGCUGCCAUGGCUGUGUGGGUUUUCGUCGCGGUCAGAGAAACGAAAGGCCGAUCUCUUGAGGAGAUGGGAGUCCUGUUUGAGAAGUUCCAUGCCUUUGGCAGUCUGCGGGAUAUUGAAGCAACAAAUGCAACGAAAGUUUGCCUCGAUGGUGCUGAUACCUCGGAUCAUAAGGAGGUACAGGCCACUGGAAUAGAGAAUCGUACGACAAGAUAG